AAAGAAGAAAGUUCUUUUGUGGAAGAAGCAGAAGAAGCAGAAGAACAACAACAACAAUUGCAACACAAUGUCUACGUUUUUUAAUAAACCCAAGGAAGAGGUAUGUUUGACUGGUGCACUUUUCAUCCACAAUUAUCAGACAUAAUCAGCUAACUGAUGCCAUUGCAGUUUGGUGCCAACACAAAAUGGAAAACCGUCGAAUUGCCUGCCAAUUCUGAAUGGAGAUUUGAGGUUGGUUUUGAGGAAAAGUUUGUUUUGAAGGUAGUUGAGGGAAGUAGCGAGAUGAAUGGCACAGAUCUUCCCAAUGAUGUGGACUUCACCUUCAGUGGGAUCAAGUCCUCUCUCUUCAGCUUUACUGGCUGCAAAUUUCAAUACACUGGCACCCUAUCCUCAGAAUAUAUCUCAGAUGAAACCUUUAUGAACCAGUAUCUCAAUUUACAUUUCAUGUUGGAGAAGUUACGCUACCAGGCUGAUUUAAUGAAUUGCAAACCUCCAUACCUAUUAAUUAUUGGUCCCCAGAAUUCCGGAAAGUCUACGUUGUCCAAAAUUUUAUGUUCAUAUGCUUUGAAACUAAACAGACAACCACUAUACGUCAAUUUGAAUCCCAACGAGGGAAUAUAUUCGGCACCUGGAACUCUAGUUGCAACAGAAAUCAACGAUAUACUAGACGUGGAAAAUGGCUGGGGUCAAAGUUUGACUUCUGGGCCAUCUCUUGUUCAUUCCAAACAAGUCAUUGCCAAAUACUAUGGCUUUGAUUCAAUUAGAGAAAACUUGCCCUUUUAUAGAUAUGAAGUUACAAGGUUGAGUAAAACCGUUUUAUCAAGAUUGAAUUCUCAAAAUAACAAAAAUUCAGGCAUAAUAGUCGAUACCCCUCCCUUUUCAAAUAAAUUAAAAGAAAAUAGCAAUAAUGAUGAAAAAACCGUUGAUGAUGUUGAAAUCAUUGAAGACAUCAUAUCCGAUUUUGAAAUUAAUCUAGUUCUAGUAGUCGGAAAUGAGAGGUUGUUUAUUGAUUUAAAAAAAAAAUUGGCAAAUAAAAUAAACCCCAAAAACGAUUUGAACAGUAAAUCCUUCUUUCAAAUUCUAAAAAUUAAUAAAAAUAAUGGUUGUGUUGAUAAAUCAGACGUUUUCAAUAGAAAUUUGCAACAAAAAACAAUCAAGGAGUACUUUUAUGGUUUCCCUAAAUCGGUUUUAUCUCCUUAUACAAUCACUGUUAGUUAUUCCGACUUGCUAAUCUAUAGGAUAAAGGAUUCAAAAACAUUGAAAAUAGAAUCCCAAUCCUUUGCAGAGCUUAUACCGAAAUUAGAUGAUCAAGGAGAGUUAUUAGAAACCGAUGACCAAGAAAAUACAAAGGAUCAUUCUGAUAACACUGAUUUUUUGAUAAAAAUUGAAGUGGCAAAUUCAAAUGUUCAAAAUUCAAUACUAGCCAUCUCUCAUGCUGAAUUAAAUGAUCCACUCGAUAUAGUGUUGAGAUCUUCGAUAAUGGGGUUCGUCUAUAUAUCUAGUGCAGAUGAUAAUAGACAACAGUUAAGAAUGCUUUUACCCAGUCAAGGUAGGCUACCUAAAAAACCAUUAAUACUAGGUGGCUUUAGAUACACAGAAUAAUGCAUUCUAUAAAUAAAUAAUAGUUGUCUUUUUAACAGCAUAAAUUUAGUCACUACAAUAAACCAAUUUUUCAAUCCAGUAACUAUUAAA